AUGGCAUGGCUCUGGCGUUGCGGCUUACUGACAUUUCUUCAACGUGCAGAUCGUUUGUACCUUGCCUCCUAUGACUCCACACCGGACUCGAGAACCCCAUUUCCCUAUCCAUUGGAACACUCCAAGUCGCCCAGCAAGCGUUCGCGAGCUCAGCCAAGCACACCCAGCAGCAAGCGCCGAAGCCCCGUGUAUUUCACGGUGGACGACACUCUGCUCUACAAUGCUUUCCAUGCCGAUUUUGGCCCUCUUCACAUUGGCCAUCUGUACCGCUUUGCCGUCUACUUCCAUGAGAUCCUCGGUGAUCCUGCCAACAGUGAUCGUGCUGUGGUCUUUUACAGCAAGACAGACUCACGGAGUCGUGCCAAUGCCGCAUGCCUUGUAGCUUGCUACAUGGUCCUCAUCCAAUCCUGGCCCCCGCACCUGGCGUUGGCACCCAUCGCACAGGCGGACCCCCCUUACAUGCCCUUCCGUGACGCUGGAUAUAGCCAAGCAGACUUUGUCUUGAACAUCCAAGACGUAGUCUACGGUGUGUGGAAGGCGAAAGAACAAUCGCUGUGCGGGCUGAGAGAAUUUAGUCUUGAGGAAUAUGAGAAGUUUGAACGUGUCGACAUGGGUGACUUCAACUGGGUCACGCCUCAUUUCCUGGCUUUUGCGUCUCCACAGCACAGUCCCAUCGAGCCGAUCCCGGCGAACACCCCCGAAUACGCUGCAUUGCCGUCUACUGCAUCUCAGGUGCUCAACUCCAAACUACCUCUUCCUUUCAAAAACGUCCUGGCACACUUUGCGUCCCGAAAUGUCGGCUUAGUCGUCCGAUUGAACUCUGAGCUCUACUGUCCUUCCUACUUCACAGCUUUGGGAAUCACACACAUUGACAUGAUCUUCGAAGAUGGCACCUGCCCUCCAUUGCCGCUUGUUCGACGCUUUAUUAAAAUGGCCCACGAGAUGAUCACCGUCAAGAACAAGGGCAUUGCCGUCCACUGCAAAGCAGGCCUCGGUCGUACGGGCUGCUUGAUCGGCGCCUAUCUCAUUUACCGUUACGGAUUUACUGCCAAUGAAAUCAUUGCUUUCAUGAGAUUCAUGCGACCGGGUAUGGUUGUUGGACCUCAACAACAUUGGUUGCACCUAAACCAGGGCUCCUUCCGUGGAUGGUGGUUUGAGGAUAGCAUGAAGGAGAAGCUAGCUCAAAUGGCUCCUGUCACACCCGGUAGGCCGUCUACCAAGCAACGCGCAAACCAUAGUUCUGUGGCAACGCCACCCAACAAUGGUCAUUCGAAACGGUCUGCUUUGGGAGAAAUCGAUCAUAAUGAGGGUGCUGGAGCUCAGGCCGAAGAGAACCUCCCAGCACCGACUCCUGGCCAACCCCGCAAGUCUCACAGAAAGGAUUCAAGGCAUCACCCUUACGCUCGUACCACAUCUGGUAGCCUUGCUGUCGACAAGGACACGGGCAAGAACAAUGAGCAAUCCAACCACCGCAGCCAUCGUCAUAGCAAUGAUAGCAGCGAGAGUGAAGAAGAAACCCAACUCCGCAUGCUUGCGAAGCGUUCUUCUAAGUCCCCCGUGGCGUCUUCAGCCCAGCGAUCUAUCAGUUACUCUGCCACCGUCACCGCUAGCUACACGUUGACAGACGACAUCCACGAGGACCGGGAAAAUUGGGGCGACGGCUCUUAUGCUAUCCCCAAGACCCCCGUCAGCUCAAAGAGCGGUGCGAUUCCCAUGGCCAAAGUUCGGUCAAGCCCUCGUCGUGUAACAGACAGCAGGAGCGAAUCUCGAGGAGUUCGCAAGGCCAGCGGCCGGAUUGGAAGUGCAGGGAGCCCUACCCGGGUGAAGUAG